GUUCGCGCGAGGACCAGAGUGUUUGGUUUGGGACAUUGGUGCGCGCGCUGCCGUGUGAAAUCGUAGCAUCAGUUUGAAAAGGGACAAGGAGGAGAGAAGAGAGGACCCUCCCAUCCCUAUCCCGCCACCGCCAGAGGAAAAUGAACACUUCUCGACCACGGGCAGCCCGUUUACAUGCGGGGAGGUGGUCUGAGGAGACACGGCAACCGCACCGCAACGAAGUGAAGUUCACUGGCAGCUGCUCUGCAGAUCCAUUUGAGUGAACUUGAGGACGCUGACAUCCAAUUUAACAUCCAAGAUACAUCAUAUGAAGGCCUGACACUAGAAUUGGCUCAUCAGAACACCUGACUAAAAAACUUGCUGAAGACACGGGAUCCAAUAACUGCGCUGUUGACCCUGGAAGCCAACAGAACACCAAGAUGGGCGGCUUCCUUGGCUCAGGAUGGAAAAUAACUUUGUCACUGCAUGACAAAUCACAGUUGUUUUUCAGUAUACAUUGAAUGAAUGGCUUUUCCAGAGUCAGUAGCAAGUAUGAGUACAGUAUGACUAGAGCCAAAUAAAACGAGAUACCUAUAAAUGAGAAACGAAUUACAAAUCAUACAUCAAUACCACAGUCCAUUGAAUGAAUAGGCUUGACCUGUGUGGCCUGUUUCAGGCUCAGGCGGAGGGUUUCCUGGCGUCUACCUGAAGUUCCAUUUUAUGGAGGCGUUGCACACCCGCAGCCAUUUGCGGACUGGGGAGGAGUCUGUAGGCCCCAACCAGCCUCAGUCUCAGUCAGGAAAGUCUCCUCAGCCUUUUGGUGACCAUCAGCCUCCCAAGUCUCCCUCCUCCCAGAAACAUCAACCUCAGACACAACAGACUCGCUCCAAACAAGGAGGCCAUCAACAACAACACCAACAGCACCAUGGACAGCACCAGCACAGUAAACUGCCUAAUAAGCGGGAGCGCAAGCGCCUCAGGCCUCAGAGGCCAAGCGUUGAUUCAGACACCCCACCGGUGGAUGACGGUAAGCAUGCAAAGGCAGAGGCAGCAUCUAACAGAGUGUCUCAGACCUCAACUGAUGGAAGCCCAUCAAUGUCCUCCUCAUCAUUCACCUGUAUCCAGUCUACAGAAGGUCCUGCCACAGAGAACCAAGGGGGCACUCUGAAGCAGAAACAUGAGCGUAAGCCUGGAAAACCUGGGAAAUAUGUAUGCUCUUACUGCGGCCGUGCCUGUGCCAAGCCCAGUGUUCUGCAGAAACACAUCCGUUCCCACACUGGUGAAAGGCCCUACCCCUGUGGUCCCUGUGGCUUCUCUUUCAAGACAAAGAGCAACCUCUACAAGCACCGGAAGUCCCAUACCCACAGGGUGAAGGCCGGCCUUGCCUCUGGAGAGCCCAGCAGUUUAGAAGAACCAGUGACAGAGUCAGAAGAUGAAACCAGACAGUCAUCAACUGCUGCCUCUACUACCUUGGAGAGACAAGGCAAUGUAGCCGACCAAAAGACCCAUGGAGACACUGAGAGGUCUACAGAGCAGUCCACUGGGACGGAAAACUCCUACGCCAUUAAGAAGAGGCUGGCUAUGCGUCUGAGCCGAGGAAAACAUGGCCCUCUAAGUUCUUCUGACUCAAUCACUUCCUUGUCAGGUGUAGGGAGUAGAGGCAGCACAGAGUCUGGUUAUUUCUCUCGCUCCGAAAGCACUGAGCAGUCGCAGGACAGUUCCCCCAACACAACAAGUGCCAAAAGCUAUGCAGAGAUCAUCCUGGGGAAAUAUGGCCGCCUGGGCCAUCUCCAGAGGAUGUCUAGGCAUCAGAACCAGCAGCCCUCUGGAGGCCAGAGUCAGGAAGGGAAGAGCAUCCCAUUCACAGUGCCCAAGAAGCAGGUAAUUGACCAUAUCACCAACCUCAUCACUAUCAACGAGGCUGUGGUGGACACCAGUAAAAUUGACAGUGUCAAGCCCAGAAGGUUUUCUCUGUCUAGGAGAAAUAGCACAGAGUCUAACUCUAAGGUUCCUGUAUCUCAGAAAGAGCCAUCUGUAGUCCACCACAGCACCAACAAUCCUGAUGAACCAGGCUUUAAGACCAGUGGUUCCAUUACUAUGGGUGUUCCGUGUGAGAAGUUUCAUCAACCCCAGUCACUAAACUUGGAUCCAACAGCAGGCCAGGCAUCAACUUCCAAUUCUCCUCUUUUGAGAAGCCUCUCCAUGCCCUCUGCUGCUAUUUCAAGUGAUGCCUCUUCUGGCGUUUGCCCCAAAAACUUCCGCCUUAGCCAGUCCUUCGAUGAACGGUCUGAAACACAGUGCAGACGGUUUGGGAUGCUGCAACGUCAACCAGCCAUCGAAAUUCCCCCUGGUGCUGAAUUCACUAAAGAAGAACAUAGUUUGCACAGUAGCUCCAACACACUCUACAAUCAAAAUAUGUCGGUUGUGUCUCCUGAACAUAAGCAAUGUAAACCAGAGCCAUAUGAGUGUGAAUCCUGUGGCACUGGAUGUAAAACCUGGGAGGGUUAUAAGGCACACAAGAGGAGCCUUUGUGUAGCACCAUUUCCCCAGGAGGGUCUUGAUACAUCAGAAUGCCAGCUUGACCAUUCACAGUCAAUACCAUAUACGAUCAGCAGACCAGGGGCUUUGGCAAUGCGCAAGAGGAGGAAAGAGGAGAGUUUUGAAUCUGAUGAUCCAUCCUCUACUGUUUCUUUAUCCUCACCCACAUUAUCUACAUCCGUGCAAGACAAAAACAAAGUCAAUGUAGCAGGCAAUCAACAUUCAUGGUCACGGUUAGAACAAGAAAGGCAAGGCACGUCAAAAGGUUUCUCAGUGAUUCAGCAUACUAGUUCAUUUGAGAAACAGGACACUUUCUUUUCAGAGAGCAAAGGUAAAGAGGAGACGCAUGUUAAAUUCCCGUCUCGUGAGGACUCAUCUCAACUAGUGCCUCAGAAACAACUGCAGCUACACUCAUCCAAACCAACACCUCGCAAACUGGUGCGCCAACACAAUGUUCCUGAGAUAUUUGUCACAGAGGAUUCAAACACCAAUGUUAUUGAGUCUGUUCAGACACAGUCAGAAACAGCAUCCAUAAUGCCUAAACAGACUGAGAGGACUGAGGAGUUCCAGUGGCCACAGAGAAGCCUCACUUUGUCUGGGGUACCCAUAGAGAAGCUGCCCCCGAAGAAGAAACGUAUUCGCUUGGCUGAGGCUGCCCAGUCUUCAGGGGAGUCGAUGUCCAGUUUCGACUCCAUCUCUCUACCUCGCAGCCCCAGUCAAGACAGCUGUGCAUCCCAUGCAUCUAGCCUCUCUGCAUCUUUGGAAGAGUCCACUAGACCAGGAGACAUGGAGACCUUAGCUGGAACACCACUGAGGAGGUCCAGGGCCCCUAACACAUUGACUGUCCCAGGGAUGCAUCAUCACAAAAGGGAGAUGCGGCGAUCUGCCUCAGAGCAAGCACCUCAUGACCCACAGCAGCAAUCUGUACUGAUGGCAAUGUCAGAGAUGCGAAGCAAGUCAUUUGACUACAGCAGUUUGUCCCCUGAGUGCUCAGUGGCAGGCUGGAGGGACAGACGCAAAUGUCUUCUCAUAAGACACACUACGGUCAGGGACCCAGAAGAGGGGGAGCAGUCUGACAUAGCUGAAGAACUAAAGCUCAAAUCCAGUUCCUCCACUCCUGCCAAAUACAUUACUCUAAAAGUGAACAACCCUUCUCACUGUAGCCUCAGUCCAGACCCUGUAUGCCCCAGCACUUCUUUUAGACCCAGCCCAAGCAAAGCAAUGUCCUGUAGCCCUUUACAAACACUUUACCAAGAGUCACCCUCACAAUUGGACAUUGCUCAAAGUAUUCAGUUGACGGGACAUUGCUCUGAAGCUCCUCAGAACCCAGUAGAAUAUCCUGAUGGCAAACAAAGGGUAGCUCCAUCAUCUCUCCAUUCAGGAGAUAACCUAUUGAUUUCCCUCCGUCCUGUCCACACCUACAUCCACCCUGCCCAACCCCAAAUCCACCCUGCCCAAACCUGCUCUGCCCAACCCCAACCUUGGCCUGCCUACUCUGUCCCCACACACUACUCAUCAGGGAUUGCGAAAGCCCACUACCAUCCAAUGUCCACAGGCUUGAAGUUAGAGAUCCCAAUCUCUACUCGCAGACAUGAUGGCGAUUCAGAGUUUAUAACACAAUCUCUGCAAAUCCCCAACCCUAACCCAAACAUAAUUCUCAGCCCAGUGUUACUCCAGCCUUCCAUAUCACCAACAGUAGCAGUAGUCCGGCUACAGGGAGACACCAACACUCAAACCUGCGCCAUAUACACCACUCGGUCCCAAACAAGACCACUUAUGUCCCAGGAACAUAUGUGUUCUGGCUUAAACAGUGGAAAUAGAAAUACCACAACCUCUGAACCUAACAGCCACCUGGCCAUGUCCCUGCCUCUUGACAACCACUUAGCUUUACCUUUGCCUCCAGGCGGUGAGUUGUGGUCCGAAGAGGGCAGUAGAGUUUCAGGAUCAGGGAGCAACAAGCGAAUGUUAUCCCCUUCCAACAGUGUCGAUUUCAGCCCUGAGUCCAAACAGCAACAGAAAAGAGUAAAGGAGGAGGAAGAGAAGGAGAGCUGUGUAUCAAACACAAUUGCAGAAUUAUCAACAAAAGAAGAAAAAGUUGAGAUUCCAUUAUGUUUACCUAGAGGAUGUUCUCCCAUGAGUCCAGACGGACUUGAAUAUCCAACCCUCCAGUCCACCACCUCUCACAGCUGGUGCUAUCUGAACUACAUCAAGCCAAACCCUUCCACCUCGACUGAUCCCCAGCCCUCGGUGUACUCCUCUUGGUCCACUAGCGAGUAUGACCCCAACCCUCCAGGCCUCUCCAGCAAGACAGCCAUGUCCCUGUUGGACUGCAAGCAGAGGUUCAGCCCCACCAUCUACACCAUGUCUCCCAUGUCAUCUACUCCUGCAGAGACUCCACCAGAGCCAGCCGACAUGAAGACACCUUGCCCAUCUGAGGUACAUGCUACCCUGCCCGGUGACAGCCGCUGUGUCAAUACAACAGAGCAAGAGCCGUCCACAGAGGACAAAGAGCCAAAGAAAGAGCACGAGCUGGAGGUGGAAGGGAAGGAAGAGCAGAAAAAAGAAGAUGAGGUUCAGUCGACUAGCAAUUUUAGAGAAUCUCAAAUCUGGGUCAGUGAGGGAGGCUACAGAUCAAGUGAGGAAUAUGUGUGCGUGCGGGGUCGAGGCAGAGGCAGACACGUGUGUGGGGAGUGUGGGGUCCGCUGUAAAAAGCCUAGCAUGCUGCGAAAACACCUCCAACGGCACACAGACUCACGCCCCUACAUCUGCAAGCACUGCGACAUGGCCUUCAAAACCAAAGGGAACCUCACCAAACACAUAAAGUCCAAGGCCCACGGUAAGAAAAGCAAUGACAGGCCAAUGACUGGCUCUUCGCUGGAAGAGGCUGAGGACGGAGGCAGUGAAGAUUGCUCUGUCUGGUCAGAGACGGGGCAGAAGGAGCAUCCAUACUCUAACGUCGGCGAAACUGAAGAGGAUGACAAAGACAGCCAGGAUGAUGACAACCAUCGCGGUGUUGACGAAGAUCAUGAAGAGGAUUCCGGGUCCCAUGAAGACCUUUACACCUCCACAAGCCACUUCAAGCCACCAAAAUCCCCAGAUCAAAACAAAACCCCUCCGGGCCGAGACAGUACCAGACCAUCUCAUGAUACUGAGUCUGGGUCCAGCCAACACCAGAAGCCAAGCGUUUUUCGCCCAGCUCGUUCCCCCAGCAAGAAGAGAGUUCUUUUCUCCCAGAGGAGUCAGCUGGACCCUGGCAGUCACAUCUCCCCACUGCGCUCACCUACCCCAGACCUAUCUUCAUCCCCAGCCCAACACCAGCACUCAUCUUCAUCCCCAGCCCAUCGCCCGCCUUCAUCGUCAUCCCCAGGCCAUCGCUCGUCCUCAUCUCCAUCCCCGGCCCUGUCUCCCUCUCCAGCCAGUCGCCUGCCCUCAACCCCUCGCCUGUCUCCUGUUGCUUCCCUAUCCCCUAGAGUGAGCCUCUCCCCUCUCCACUGCCCUUCCCCCAGGCGUUACCUUUCCCCUGUCCCCUCCCACCCCUCCCCUCGCUCACUGUCAUCCUUGUCCCCUAGCCCUUCCCCACCCUCUUCUCUGUCCCCACUAGGUUGUCAUGUCUCCCCCUCCCUAGAGAAGCAUCUCCCCCCCCCAAGAAGCCUAUUGCCUGUCAGGCUCCCGUCCCCAAGGAGUGGGCCCCCAGGCUCCCCUACCAUUCGGGAAACCAUUCCUUCUCAACACAAUUUGCCCAGAGACCAGUCUUUAAAUCCCCAAAAGGACAUGCCUGAUACAGCAACAUGCUCCAAGUCAAGGCUGAUGAAAAGCUACUCUGUUCAGCAGAGCGACGAGGUGCGUCCCCCUCACCUGUCCCCCAGGACAAGACUAUCCCCAGGGAGCCAGGGGGGUGUCUUCAGCCACUUGCCGCUCCACUCCCAACAGCAAGCCUGGACCCCCAACCUGAUGAUCCCCAUUGGUGGGAUCCACAUGUUACAGUCCAGAACCAGUCCACUCUACAGCCUGGUGACGGGCCCUAUGGUAGGGCAGAACAUCCCCAGCUUGGCAGGAAUGGACCGGCCCGCAGUAGCCCAGAACACCCCUACCCCAACAGAGAUGGACUGCCCCAGGAAAGCUGGACUGGACAUAAGUCCACUUUGUAGUCCUUCACCGCUGAAGCACCGUCAGAGCACUUUGAAAGUAGCUGCUAAGCCUGGCACUAGUAUGCACACCAGCGACCACGCCAUCAGGACAGGAGAGGGAGCGGCUGACAAGGCCGGGUGCAGCUAUUUAGGACCUCUCCCAGACAAGCCCGGUACAGCCCAUGUACAGGUGUACUCCAGGAGACAGGAGCAUCAUGGGAGCCGGAAUCAAAGGGAAAAGACUAAACUACAAUUUACUGGGACAGAGAAAGGAGGCAGCUCCCACACUACAGCCGCCCAAACAAGCAAUUUGUCCAAGGAAACCACAGACGCAAAAAAAGACACAAAUAUAAAAUAGAGGAGGCAGUGUUUCUCCAGUCAAUACGCAAGGCCAACAGAUGCCUUCUUCCCAAACUAAACCCUGAUAGGAAGGAGCAUCUUUAGGGAACAGUGCAAAAGACUUUUGUGUACGUCUAAAAUGGCAAUGUAUUUCCUACAUAGAGGACAGGUUGACUUUUCAGACACAUUUGGGAAUCAUGCAUGGUCUCAGAGCUAGCAAGCAGGUCUGGUUUUGAGACUGAAGAAGACAAAAGGAAUUAAUAAGCAUUCAGAAGUGUAGGUCUUCUGACUAUAAUGUGAUUAUGUAAUUAUAUGAAUAAUAUAUAGAUACAUGUAUGUUAAAUAUGCAGUAUAUGUUUUGUAAUCUUUUUUUACCCUCUUUUGUUUGAUGAUGUCAUUGCUGUUAACUUAUUAUUGAUGUGCUCUUAUGCAAUUCUGUACUAUCCUAUGUGAGAGCUGGAUAUACAUUUAGAUAAAGACUUUAUUUAGUUAAUCUCCCUUCCCCCUUCCAUUGAUAGCACUAUAAUAAAGAAUAUUAUACUGGUCCUGUUGUGUUUAUAUAAUGUACGACCAAAUAUAGAAACGUACUAGAAAUCUCUACUCACCCUAACCAGUAUUUUGAAGUGCAAUUUCUGUCAAGAUUGUGGCUUGAAAUGUCAUUCUUAACAACUGUGAUUAUUAGUUUAUUUUUAAGAUUAUGUUUAUUAUUCGUGUUGUCAAUUUGAGUUUUGAACAAUCAGGGUUACAAUAAUAAUCAUAUUUUCUACUUUCUUGUUGAGAGAAAAUCUUGGAAUAAGAAUAAACAUGCUGGGUAGAAACUGCACUGAUUUGAUAUUCAUAUUUUGUUUUGAUCAUAUGCUGUACAUGGUGCAGUCAAUAUUUAUUGUCAAAUACAUUAUUAAUAGGUUGUUUUUAUAAAGGAGGCAGGUUGUUUUUAUAAAGGAGAAAGUUUCCAUAUUUGUCACUUUCAUGUGUCUU